AAUGAAGCGAUCUCUUCUCACGAGUCCUCUCUAUGGAUGAAGGCGAGUACGAGCGGGCGUGGAGCGGACUGAAUAUCCAUUUUUACCAGGAUUUAUGUUCACCGAUUUAGAAAAUGUAUGGAUUAUACGAAUGACAUUUUGAACAGCAACAGCUGAACUAGGUUACGACGAGCUCAGUUUUGAUCGUUAUGUGAUUGAAUUUUGAGACACGAAACAACGUUAAAUUUUCGUUUGUAAAUCACACUGUGAGAAUUUUUUGCAUCACGACCCUUCAAAGUGAUAUGAACAUGGAUGAAGAUAAUCGAGUGCCCGAAGAUCUUUCACUUGAAGAGAGAGAUGAGCUGUCAAACAUCAGACGAAGAAAAAAAGAGCUGCUAGAUGACAUUGAGCGUUUAAAGUUUGAGAUAUCUGAAGUAAUGACAGAGAUUGAGCAGUUAACAUGUAUCAGAGAAAACAAAAGUUCUCAGAGGAGCAAGCAGAUUGCUGUCGGAAGAAAGAAAUUUAAUAUGGAUCCUAAAAAGGGAAUCCAAUUUCUUUUGGAGAACGAUCUUCUGCAACACACACCUGAGGACAUCGCACAGUUUCUCUACAAAGGCGAAGGCCUAAACAAAACCGUCAUAGGAGAUUAUUUAGGAGAAAGAGAUGAUUUCAACAUUAAGGUUUUACAAGCUUUUGUGGAGCUUCAUGAGUUUGGUGACCUCAACCUGGUUCAAGCUUUGAGGCAGUUUUUGUGGAGUUUUAGACUUCCAGGUGAAGCACAGAAGAUUGAUCGAAUGAUGGAGGCUUUCGCUGCUCGAUAUUGCCAAUGUAACCCAGGUGUCUUUCAGUCCACAGACACAUGCUACGUUCUCUCGUUUUCUGUCAUCAUGCUCAACACCAGCCUGCACAACCCUAAUGUCAGAGACAAGCCUACGGUGGAGAGGUUCAUCUUAAUGAACCGCGGCAUCAAUGAGGGUGGAGAUCUGCCAGAGGAGCUGCUCAGAAAUUUAUAUGAGAGCAUUAAAAAUGAGCCAUUUAAAAUUCCUGAAGAUGAUGGGAAUGAUCUAACACAUACAUUCUUCAAUCCAGACAGAGAGGGAUGGCUGUUAAAACUAGGAGGAAGAGUGAAAACCUGGAAAAGGAGAUGGUUCAUUUUGACAGACAAUUGCCUAUAUUACUUUGAAUAUACAACAGACAAAGAGCCGCGAGGGAUCAUACCAUUGGAGAAUCUCAGUAUAAGAGAAGUAGAGGAACCAAGAAAACCUAAUUGCUUUGAGCUCUACAACCCCAGUCACAAGGGGCAGGUAAUAAAGGCAUGCAAGACGGAAGCUGACGGGAAGGUGGUGGAGGGGAAUCACGUGGUGUACCGAAUAUCAGCGCCAACUCCCGAAGAAAAAGAAGAGUGGAUUAAAUCCAUCAAGGCGAGCAUCAGCAGGGACCCUUUCUAUGACAUGCUGGCCACUAGAAAGCGGAGAGUGGCUACUAAAAAGUGAGAGUUCACAUCUUCAGCUUGAAACCUUUUCUAUUAAUCUGUCAGAUGACAACAAGAACUCUCAAAGCUAAGGACAAUUUCAAAAUCAUUGUGUCUAUACUAGGUGCUAAUGGAAGCUCUCUAGUGAAAAACAAUGAGAGUACAGUGAUGUUGAUGGUGCAGUUAUAUACUGGUAUUGUGUUUGUAAAGAAAACCUUUUAAGAGUAGUAACUGAUUCAACUGUGCUACAAUAUCUGCAUCAUUUCAAAUGUGGGUCCAAUAUGCAGCAUGUAGCGCCCUCCGCUGCCUACAGCAGGAACUUCACCGUCAUGCUAAUCUUGUUUCAACUAUUACAGAUGUUCAGGUAUAGUUAUGCAAUCUAUUUAACUGUAGAUUUAAGAAAUGUACUAUGUAAAAGUAUACUGGUUAUGCAAUUUUCACAUUCUUUUUUAUAUUUUAGAUUUAUUGUAGAAUUAUAGUGCUGUCAAAAUACUGUAUUAAUAGCAUCUUUAGUUUAAAGUGGUUUAUGUUAAUCUAAUAGCCAUUUAAAUCAGCAGGACUGGUUCCUUUAAUUGUAAUGCAUAAAAUAAUCUGUCAGUGUUUGUAUAUCCUAUUUAUUUGUUUUUGUUAUAAGGUCAUUAUUAGUAAUAUGAAAUAUAUUGUUAAACUAAUUAAUUUGUUCUCAUAUGUAUGCUAAUAAUACUAUUUUGUGUUUUUCAAAGAUAAUGCAAACUCUCCACCCUUGUGAAUCCUUUAUUUUAUUUAAAUGGUUGCUUAUGUUAAAACAUUUGUUGUAAAUAUGUAGGUUAUAAAUCUGUUAUGUUUAAUUCUGUGUCUUUGUAUAAUACACACGCACGCACGCACACACACACGACAACAGCCAUGUUUGGUUGUUUUUAUAGAUUAGAGAUUUAGUGAGGCCUGGAAUUAAUAGUAUUUAACAACAGUAAAUAAUACUAAUUUUGACAAAAAAAAACUAUAUCCCCCCAUAUUAUUUUUAUAGAAACCAAUUAACCCCUGCUCAAAUAACCUCAGUAUUUUAAUGUGAUCUUUACUGUGAUAAUGAUAUUUUAAGAAUGUGAUUAUUUCUAUCAUCCUACAGCUCUUAUAAGCAUUUUAAUGUUAAAGAGCAUUAAAACAGAAAUCUUGUCACCCCA